AUAACACAUAUGGGAUGCCCCCGUGGCGGUUGUAUGACGGGAACGGAGAGAGUGAUUCCUUCGAUUAUUACCGAUUCCAGAUGUGGAAUUACAUUGACCAGAUGCACAUAGGUAAUAUCCCGGCAAUCUCGCAUACUCUUUGGUCUCAUCUUGACUGAGACGCUAACCAUCGAUGUGCAUAGGAUACCAUCAGGAAUUGCAUAAUGCGGUACGCAAUGUUGACGCACGGUUUCCCAUCGCUGCCGCCAACAUCGACUCGGACCCGCUUGGUACCUCAUACUACAAGGACUACUCCUUCAACUACGUCAUCGAUCUUGGCCCCGUGGACGUUUAUCAGCUGCACCAAUUCGGCGGUGAUUCCACCUUUGGCCGCAAGUCCGGGCUCGACUGGCUGAAGCGCAAGCUCGCAAUAGGCGGCUACUCUCGUCCCGUGAUCAUAGUCCAACACAUCUCCGUGGCGGGGUCCGACUCCGAUUACGGCUUCACGCCUGCAGUCCGGGACAAGCUGCUCGCAAUACUGCGGCCGUACAACGUCAUCGCCAUGCUCGUCGGACACUCACAUUCCACUGCCCGAGUCCGCGAGGUCCGCCCCAGCACAGGCGUGACAAUAGACGGCGUCAGAAACAACCACCAGAUUUGGGAGCUACGCCCUGGCGCCGCAACCCUAGAGGUCAGCCAUACCAAUCUGGACGGCACACCUGGGACGCGUUUUGGCCUAGUCCGUGUUGAGGAGCCCGAUGCUGGAAACGAAGUCAUCACGAAUGUCGUGUACGGCACAGUCAGGCAGGGAAAGACGAAAUUCGAGUGGCAGUACGGUUGGUCGAACCGCACCUCCACUGCGGGUCUGUACUUGCUAGAUAUCGAAGUCAUCUACCGCGACACCGAAGCCGACGACGCCGCCGACGAUCUGCCCUGGUACGUCACGGAAGAAACCAGCAAAUCCGCCAACAUCAACCACGGCUUCGGCGGAAGACAUGUCUACAUCAAGCCCAUCCUGACGGCGAACGCCUUGGAGGCAGCCACGGGCUUCGAUCUCGCGAUCCGCGACCAACCCUACGAGGGCCCCAACGCGCGCAUCAAGGACCUAGCCAAAGGCGCGGGCGGAAAGUAUCGCUAUUUAGUGCCGAAGCGUGAGCCGGGCAAGACGCCGAUCCGCCAGCUGUGGCUUUGGCGAGCGGAUGGAAGGCAGGCGCCGAGACUGGGCUGGGAAAUGACGGGCGAUAUCAAUAAGGGGCGCGGUGGGGAUUAUUUGUUAUUGGAGUGGGAUGCUAGGGGGUGAGGACAAGGCUGUGAGGGAGAGAAGAGGAGGCGGAACAGGAUAUCGGGAUCGGGACACGUUUGCUACACAAGAUUGUGAUUUUUAUGACGGUGUUCGUGAGUGGAGGGGACUUGGGUCGUGGUGCAUAGGUUGGACUUUUAGGAAGAUACCCCAACAUACGUCUGCUCAUAUGCUUCUACAUUCAUCGCAUCAAAAAGUUUGAAUGUUUUACUAGAUAUCGUUUAGCCCUAAAAGCCUUCAAGACCCAGGAAGUAAUCAGCGAGGUCCAGCUUGCUUUCCCAAACCCAACAAUAUAGCAUCUCAGCCCAAAUCACUCACGUUCGAAUAAGCAGCGCAUC